AUGCUCGAACGCGAUUGGAUUUCACUGUGCCGCCAUGUUCAGGAUGGCUUCAUCUAUGUUACUCUUAUCGUGCACACCUAUAUGUUGUACCUCAUAGCCUAUAAGUCACCAAAGGAGAUUGGAAAGUACAAGUAUCUUAUGGUGUAUGUCUCCAUUUUUGAGAUGGCUUAUGCGACAUUCGGGACAGUUUUGAAGCCGGUCGUGCUCUCCUACACAUCCCGAAUUAUUGUGCUCGUCGAUGCCAGGAACAUUUGGUUAAACCGAACCGUAACCCGCGUCAUUAACAGCGCCAUCUGUGGAUUCUACGGCUGCACCGCAUCGAUUCUCACCAUCCAUUUCAUGUAUCGCUACGGAUCCUUGCAAAUGGCUACGAGCAGCAUAUUCGAAGGCUGGAAGUUCAUACUUCUAUGCCUUCUCCCAGUUUGCUAUGGGAUCAUUUGGAGCACCACAGUAUUCUUCGUUUUUCCAGAGGAUCCCGGAUUCUCGGAGCUUAUCAGAAACGAUAUGUGGGACUUUUUUGGAAUCCACGUGGAGGAUGUUGUAUACACCGGGAUGUAUUACUACAAGGAGGACAAGUACAGGUUGUAUGGGUUCGAAUUUUUGGCAUGCUUCGGAAUGUUCAUCCUUUGCUUUAUAAUAAUGUCCUCACUGGGAAUUGUGCUAGUUUUUGGGUACCGGUGCUAUAACACCAUGAAUUCAUGGAGAGCUCAUUCGGUGUCACUGUCAACCAAAAACAUUUAGACUCAAUUGUUUCAGGCGCUGGUUUUGCAGACCAUCGUCCCGCUUUUCCUCCUCUACCUUCCAAGCUCUUUUGUCCUAACUUGCCCACUGUUCCAAGUCAACUUGGGCAGCAGAACCGCAUUCGUCACAGUGCUCAUGUCAAUCUACACAGUAGUAGAUGUCCUGCCGAACCUGUUCAUUAUCAGAAACUAUCGAAGAGCCACUAUAGCCUUGCUAGGAUGUGGUCAGUGCAAGGUUCCGGUGACGAUACCUGCCACUAGAACGGCGAGCACAGCUGUCAAUACAUGA